AUGGCGAAUGCAACGGCAGACGAUGGAUCGUCCGCCAUCCCGAAAGCGGGUCAGGUCAUGAGCAUCAUACUCUCCCUGGCUGCUGCAACCGUCCUCACGUCGUUUCUUGCGCAGAGAUUCCUGGCCAUCAGGACCUGGCGUCGCCUACCGCUUGUUGUCUGGUUGGUUUUCGCGAUUUACAUCGACUCCUACGCCUUCGUUUUCGCUACUGCUACACUUCAACAUGCGUUUGGGGUGAACUCUAGCCAGGCAACGUGCGAGGGUGCCAUUCUUCUGUGUCUGGUGUGCUACGUCACGACAAAGUUCAUAUACAUCUUCUUGGUUGAAAAGGCCCACAUCAUCCGCGGAACGCCAAAGAGGAGGUUUCAGUCCAAGCUGUACCUCUUCAACGCCUUUGGCAUGUUGUCGAUAUACCUUGUCGUGAUAAUCCUCAACUUUAUCUAUCGCAUCGCCAAGAUGCGGGACGGCACUUGCAUCAUCGGCAUGAAGAGCCUCGCGAUGAUCCCUCUCAUCAGUUUCGACACGGUGGUCAAUGUGUACCUGACGCUCAUGUUUCUGGUGCCCAUGAGGCGAAUGUACUCGUUCAAGAACAUGCCGCGCACGCCGGCAAACCUGCGCCUCCGCACGAUAGCGUUUAGGACCUUUAUCGGCGCCGCAAGUACUCUGGUUAGCAGCAUUGUGAAUUUGACAGUUCUGAUGGCUCUGAAUGGCGAGCCCGGAUGGGUGUGUCUGAUGUGCUGCAAUAGCGACAUUCUCUUCUCUGCCAUCGUCAUUCAAUGGGUAACGUCGCGCGACAACGCGGCCACUUCCAGCACAAACCACUCCAGCCACUGUGUCAGAAGUCGCCACGAAGGCCAAGAUCCAGACUCCACAGUAGUUUCGGCACCUGGCGCAUCCAACUCGAUAUCGUCUGCGACGACGGAGGAGAUUUCUCUCGUUACCAACGUCAAGGGCCGUCCCUCAGACUCAAGGGAGGACACCGGAGACGAAAUGGCGGACCCAAAGAUGCCGGCCGCUGCCGUCGUCACUACGAAGCAUAAGUGGUAG